CUGUGCUGCAGGGACGUUGCUACUCACAUGGCUCGCAGGAGUCAGACGAGGAGUUCGACGCUCGCUGGGUGACAUACUUCAACAAGCCAGACAUUGAUGCCUGGGAACUCAGGAAAGGUGUCAACACACUGGUGGGGUAUGACCUGGUCCCAGAACCCAAAAUCCUGGACGCAGCCCUGAGGGCCUGUAGGAGGCUCAACGACUUCGCCAGCGCCGUCCGCAUCCUCGAGGUCGUCAAGGACAAGGCAGGACCUCACAAGGAGAUUUAUCCUUACGUUAUCCAGGAGCUUAGACCAACUUUGAGUGAACUGGGAAUCUCCACUCCAGAGGAACUGGGCCUGGACAAAGCAUAAGCCUUAGUGGUGCAUCACUCAAGUGUUUCACCAAUGCCACCUGAUUGUACACAGCCACUUGGAGGCACAACCCUGAAAUCUUGCCUGAAAUAACUUCUUCCUUUAUUGAGUCACAAUGUCUGUGCUGUGCAGUUGGACCUAAUAAAGGAAACACUGGUUUGACUGAUGUGGU